AUGGUAAAGCUAGCUUACAAGUUGAUGGAACUUGUUGCUCUGAGCCUAGGCUUGCCAGCAGAUAGGUUCCAUGGCUUCUUCAAAGAUCAAACCAGCUACAUCCGACUCAAUCAUUAUAACCCUUGCCCUUCCCCUCAUUUAGCUCUUGGUCUUGGUAGACACCAGGAUAGUGGUGUCUUGACCAUCCUUAACGAAGAUGAUGUUGGAGGAUUGGAAGUGAAGCCGAAAACAGAUGGAGAGUGGGUUCGAGUCAAAUCCACCCCAGAUGCUUAUAUCAACAACAUUGGUGACACUACUCAGAUCUGCAUCUCCUCUAUAGGACUCAAAUAUCACAUUGGAUUAUUGCUUGUCACAAGUGUAGACUAUGUUGGUGUGGAUUUUGAGAUUAAGUUGCUCACAAUUGGUGGGAGAAGAUUGAAGCUUAUAGUUUGGGACACGGGCAAUUGCUGGAAUUAUUUUGAAUUAUAG